AUGCCUUUGACUGCGCAAGAAGUGACUGCCUCCGCCGUCAUGGAGUCUCCUUUGGCUGCCCCGCUCUCCAGUGCUCCACCUCCUGCUCUCCCCCUUCCGCUGCAUAGACGUCGGGUGCCUCGCCCGGUCUGCCAUUCCAUCGUUCGCGAUCCGAAUCUGUCUGGCCCUGUUGUCGUACUUGUGCCGGACUCGGACACCUCGGCUUCGUUGUCGCAGAAUCAGCCAUUCUCUCAGCCGUCGCAGCAGAACACCUCUUUGCAGGAGAAGAGUCAAGACCAGAAGCAGUCCGAACGCUCGCAGCAAUCACUGUCGUACGCGACUGACUCACAAGGUGAUCACAGCUCGAAGUCGGACCCUAAGUCGCAGGGAUCCCAGCAAUCUCGACUGCGGCAUGAGAUCACUGCAGCCGUUGACGAGAUCGUUGAAGGGCCCGUGUCUUCAGAGGCUGUUGUUGCAGAAGGGUCGAGCCAGGCCGUGGAACCCUCACAGCCUGUGGGUGCACAACCGUCUAGUCCUCCUGCGACGGUGCCGGAUGAUGCUCCUGAUCAAGGGGCCAGUCCUCGGAAGCCUGAAGAUGUGAGGGACCUCACGUCCGUCAAGCCACCACCGGUGCGGACUCGGUCGAAGGUCACCAUACCGUCCCCGCAAGAGGUUCCGGAUAGCGAGGACGAAACAGAGGAGGAUACAGGCGAUGAACAUGACGAGCUAGAGUCUGCUGCUGGCACAGAUAUCGUCUCGCGUCGCUCAGCUCCACUCGACUCUGAUGACGCGAAAACGAAGGCGAUGGUAGACAAGUACACGGCCAAGCCCACCACCGAGGUGACGGCUGAGAGGGUCCGAGAACGCAUAGGCCAAUCCUCGUCGGCGUCCGACUUACCCGCUGGUACCCCUCAACGGAAGGAACCCUCUUCAGCCCCUCGACGUCUCAGCCGCCGCAAGGAAGAUACUACCGCAUCGCUCGCCCACAGCCGCAGCUCUGAAUUGCCGCUGCCGCCUUCCAGCCCCGACGUCUUCAUGAGUGAAGACUCUUUCCAUGCGUCUCAGGCAUCAUUCUUGAAAAAAGCCGUGCGCCCGCGCAGAACUCUGCACAAGCAAUCCACUCCUCGUGCUCCCACGACAUCUGUUUGUGACACGCAACUGUCUGAUACCCGAAAAGCUCCUGCGACCCGGGAAGUCGAUACUGUCUCUUCUGACCGCAUGCGGGUCGACAUGCUACCCCCGCCAUCAACUCACGAUCCCGAGGCCUGGAAAGAACCUGCGUUCAUGAGGAAGCCAUCACCCGUGCAGGCAGACAAGCCCGUAUCGAAAGCGUCCGUUGCUAUUCAGGUAGACCCGCCCAAGCGCAGAAGGUCUCCCUCGCCCGCUUCAGAACCCGAGAGGCCGCCUCCGAAAAGGCGGAAGACAUCUACUGUCAGUGCUACUCGUACCUCGGAAUGGGCAUCGCGGUAUGCAAAGACCACAGAUGUGAUUCCGCCGCCGCGUCCGAGAGACACAAGACCUAUGCUUCCUCCCGUACCGAAUCGCCAGCCGAUCGCAGGACCUUCCACUUCGUUCAAGCAGGUCGACCUGCCGCGCAGUUCAUCAAUCACGUCCUCCGUCCCUUCAAUCGCCAGGAAGCGGUCUACUUCAGGGCGCUCCGCUAGUUCUGACAAGAGCACCAUUGCGAAACCGGAAGUGAAGAUCGUGAGGCAGCUGUCGCCUGGCGGGUCUACACCUGUCGAGAUCAAGCAUGUGGAUUUCAGGGCUGGAACAAGACGAUCAUCGUUGGCUUCCAUCUCGAGGACAAAAACGAGGUCCCACCCGUCUGCGGACAUCACGCCCUCCAACGCACGAGGUCACCGUACUACGAUGGUUGGCUAUGAUACAGCUCCCUCGACAUCCCGCCUCGGUGACCGGAGUCGGCCAGUGGAUCCUAGUCCGUCUACCAUGAAGCGAGCGUCACAUGUGUCGACGACGUACAUGAUGCCCAUGGUCAAGCCGCGCUCUGCAAGACAGAACCCAACUUCCAGCUCGUCUCACAACCCCCCAAAACCGGGCGGCUCGUCAUCUAUGGUCAAGACAAAGGAAGGGCCGUCAGCGGCGACCGCUGCGCCCCCGCAAAAGCAACUCCUCGGUGGCUACAAGGUCAACCUUGACAUGAAGCGCGAGGAGGGUGGUCCCCCACCCAUGACCUGGGCUCGGCUCCAGGAGAUACUCGUGAGCACUGGCAGGGCGAGAUACAAGCUCAAGAAAGAGAAGGAGGUAAGGGAGGCGAAGUCGAACCAGGAUCGUCGCGGCGGUGCGGGAUGA